AUGGCUUCACGUACCACGCCAAGGACUCUUAACACUUCGGCCGACGACGGUGACGACAAUACUACGAGGCACAACAACCUCACCAACCCUCCGCUGCCAGCGAAGGUCGAGAUUAUAGUGAUGCCCAUGCCCGAACGGGACGCCGACGUGGACCAAGUUGUGCCAGACCGUCACGACCGCUCCUCUUCCCUACACGAUGGCGAGAGAAGCGACUCCGACGGCAGGUCUCCUCGAAACAAGUCGACGAGAGAAGACGAACCGAGGAAGCGGAACACUCGAAGCGCCGCCGCUAGUGGUGCUUCUGUGGCUUCCGCCACCGCUGACGCCGGCAGUGAAACGAUGGCGGAGUUAUAUGCCAUGCGGAGCGCGGCGAGAGAAGGUUUGGGCUUGGUGGAAGACGCUUGCAUAGACUGUCGAGAGGCGUUGGCGGCGGCGCCCGACACGCCGAAGCUUUGGGCGAAGGCGGCGUCCCUCGCUCUACAAAGUGCAAGCGGUUCGGGGAGAAAAGGGCAGGCCGUCACGGAUAUCGAGGGAUUGUCCAGGCAAUCAAUAAAAGCAAACUUUGACUAUUGGGCAAGAGAGGCGGCACGUCUGGCUACGGGGCUCCUUUCUUUGUGCCCCCGGAGUUACCACGGCUUCAUCCUGCGAGGGCAGGCGGCGGAGAAGGCAGGCCAACACGAUCGGGCGAUGCGUGACUACUCUCGUGCCCAGCACCUCCGCCCAUGGUCCUCCACCCCGGUACUACUUAGAGCUAGGCUCGAUUCGCGACUAAGCCACCUCGAGAAAGAGGGUGGAGGGACCGGCGAACGCUAUGCCGCCGAAGCGAUAGACAUGAUUACGAGAUUCCUGUGGUCGCCUCUCCUCUCAGUUGACACGGGUACGACAAGGAGCCCCUGCAACGCACGUUUACGGGACCUUAUGGUUGUGUGGUGGAAAGGCCGAUUGAAGGAGCUCGAACGAAGUUACGGGCAGGCAAGCGCGUACUUCGAACUGGUGUACGAGAAAGACCCGACGAUCGAGCACCUCAAUCACCUCGCCAGUUCCUACUUAGGUUCGAAGCAGCCAGGAAAGGCCGAUCAGGUCCUCUCGAAAUUUUUGGAAUGCUACGGUAGUGCUGUCGGGGACUUGGCUGCGGUUGGAGAUGCCGAGGACGGGGCGGCAGCGGUUGACAAGCUCCAAAUGUCAGAGGCACCCCCAUUCGGAAUAGACAAACGCUCACUCCAGGAGGGAUACUCGACCGCGAGGCCGUUUUUCGAGGAAGCCGACACAACAAGCACGAACGUCGGCAGUGAAGCGAGUCCCCAGGACUGCGAGUCGGGGCACGAUGGCAACCAACAGCCGCGGAGCGUGAGCAACGUUAUCCACGGUUUGGCAGACAACGUGCUACAAGACGAAGGAGAAUGUCCGCAGCCCGCCCGAAGCGAUAACCAGCAAGAACAUCGGGCUGGAGAUGAAAGACAGCGAGAAGGCAGGUUGGAGGACGAAGAGUCCCCGCUGCCGCUGGCCUACAACUUGCGCGCGGAGCUAGAGGCGCGACUAGGGCGGAGGGACCGAGCCAUCGCGGACUACAAAGCGGCGGCAUCUUUGGAAGUGGCAGAUCCUCGGUCGAGAAUAAACAUGGGAGUGGUGCACCUCAACGCUUCUCGGUCAGGUGCAGCUUCCAUUGAAUUCGAUGCCCUGGAGCGCGAAUCCACGGGCUCGAUCGAUCGAGUUCUGGCAGCGUUUAACCUCGGCGUGGCCGCGGCCACCGCGGGAGAGCUGCGGAGGGCAGAAGCGGCGUUCACCCGCGCGAUAGCCACCCUUGCAGAUGGGGGUGUAUCACGGGACGUCACGAAGCUGAUCACUCCUGCAGCCUGCCUCGCAAACCGCGGCCUCGUACGGUUUGCGAUGCAACGCUUUCGCGGUGCGGCCGAAGACCUUGGAGGGGCUAGCUUGAGAAGCUUCAAGGCACCCACCAUUGGCGGCGCAAACGCCAGCGACAGCGGCGUGGUUCCUGCUGCAACUGGAACGUCAGGUAGUGGGAUGACGGCGCUCGCCGGGGGGGCACUAGACACGCUGGACUGUGAGAUUGGGAGGGCGCUCGCUGAUGGACGGCUAGACAACCGGGCGUCGCGUGAGGCGGCAAGAAAUCGUCUGCGGAAGCUGCUACGCUCCGCCCGACUUCUCGCGUGCGAGGCGGCUUCCAUUAGAGUCGGUCUCGGAAAUCUAGCGGCGACAAGCGGGGAAGUUUGUCAAGUCGGCCUCGGUUAUUCUCCCGCCCAAGCAGGAGAAUCAAAUGUCCUUGAGACCGCCGUUGAGCAUGGCGACGAGACCACAUCCACCUUCGCCGGCAAGUCCGACAAUCAGAAUCGGGAACCACAACCUGAAAAGGGGUCAGCACCCGUGGCAGGGGCAGUACCGGCCGGACAUAAACCCACCCCGACGAAAGCGGCAAUACUUUCCCCUUCGCUCAUCCUCCUAGAUUCCGUGCUCGCCAUGGCCCCGACGCAUCACGCCGCCAUGCGCUGCCGAGCAACGACCCUCGCGCGGCUUGGCCGCAUGCCUGAGGCCUUGGAUGCCGCCGAUCAGGCCGUUUCGGCCGCGGAUGUCGCCGUCCGUACGGCCAAACUCAAGCACAGGGAUGCCGCACUAGCCUCGGCAUCGACUGAGAGGACAAGAGGCGAUGACAAUGCGUUGCCCCAACCCUCCCCGCCUGCUACGGCCAGAAAUAAGCACGCAGGAACAAGAAAUCACACCCACUGUGUUGCCUCCGUCUCGAUGGCGGCGAAUAUGGGGCACACAUCUACCACAGCAGGUGGCGGUGGCAGCGAUGCUGCCGGCAACGGCGGGGGGGGACAUCAUGGUGCCCAACAUGAUGAUCCGUUCGCCGCCAGGACAUCGAUCGGUUUCAUGCGGAGCUCUAAGGCCACGGUGGUGGUAGGAGGAGGGCUCCUCCUGACAGGAGGAGGGCGCACCGAUGCGUUCGAUCUCGCCAAGAGCCUGGUCCUGCGGGGCUGCCUCCGUCAGAAGACGAGUUGGUGGAACCAAGCCGAACAGGACUACCGACGAGCGCUGCAAAUCUGCCACAGCAUUCUUGGCAGGCUAGAGGGUCCUGCGGAUGCUUUCCGCUUCGACAAUGUCGACGACAACGGUAUCAUGGCUGACGGAGGCCAGAACAACGACGUAUUGGGGCAGACGCGUGAGACGCAUUCGCACAAGGGGAGCGGAGGCUGGACGGAUGGUCAAGUGUUAGUUGGCGGACAAAGAGACAUGGUAGACGAUCGGCAAAAAGAAUUUCGGGCAUGGCACGGGCGGUGGUCGAGCUAUGACACUGUGGAUAUGUCUGGCCGUCAGGACGGGAGAUGUGCAGUGCUGAAGCUGAAACGCCUGAUUCACCACAACCUUACCAGCUUGCACUUAGCAGCCGUGGUCGGGACAGGCACCCGUGUUUCUCUCCGCAAGGAGGCGAUAGCACGAGAAAUUGCAGAACUUUUGGCUUGCAAUGAGCGGGUGGCCCAGGUCGCGUUCCGCUCCACUCAACAGCCCACCAUUUCUCGGCAAGUUGCCCAACAUCGGCAUGAACAGUGGUGGCCCUCCACGGUCCUGGCCGUGGCCCAGAUGGUCUCGGCGACGGUCCUGGGGCCCAUGCCGUGGAAUGGGGAAGCGACAACCAGCCACGGAAAUAGUCCAGGGAGAAACGCCCGACUACAGCUCGGUUCGGCCGAGCUAGCGGCUAAAAUGUCCAAUGGGUACGACGCCGACAACGAUCACAACAAGGUACCUCCAGGGCCCUUGAGCCUUGCCGGGGCGGCGCGAUCGCGAGCGUUGUCGGCGAUCAGCGUGAACCUCGCGGCGGCAGAGAAGAUAGGGGCGAUGUCAUCAUCGACGGGACAAGCGCCGCCCUUCCCUAGAGACCGAUCACACAAGCGGGAAGGUCUUGCUAGGGCGAUCGCCGCCUUGAGCAACGCCAUAACCCUAGCACCCAACCCGUCCCCUAAGCUGUACAUGGGGAGGGGAGGCUUAUUUGCCAAGAUGGACCAAGGCGAUUGCGCCGACAGUAGCAGCGGCGGGAAGGUGGGUGAUGAAGCCGGUCGGGGUAAGAGCGGCCGAGGCGGCGUGAGUUUGAACGGCUACGGCGAAGCCGCGGCUUCGGACUUUGCGACGGCGCUUUGGAUGGAGCAGCUCCUCCAAGAUCGAGCAGCGCUGGUGGCAACAACAGAGACAGCAGCUGCCGCCUUCCAAACAACGGCGUAG